UAAAGACUGGGUUUGUACACAUUUUUGGCGAUUGAUUAAACAGUUUAUUAGAGGAAUUGUUCGGAAUACAUUUCCAUUGCACUCUAUAUAGUUUUAAGUUAUUUUUUUAUAAAUUAAUUACUUGUUAACUUUAUUACAGACCAAAGAGGGAGGCUAGCACAGAAAAGAAAAGACAGACAAAAGGUGGAGAAAACGAAAGAAAGUAAGUGAGCUGGGGAGAUGUCUGAGUCAUCCCGGAGUGCAAGCCGGCAGAAUGGUGUGCGUGGGAACGGCGGGGAUUCCGAGGAGGAGGACGAUGAGGAGAUGCUUCUCGGAGGUCCGUCUGCGACCCAAGAGGAUGAUGACGAAGACGACAAUGACCCAGCUCAGAGAAGACAAAUUCGGCACCAGUACCGGGAGCUCAUCAAUAGUGUACAGCAGAACCGGGAGGACAUGUUGAGUCCUUCUAACAACAGGCUGACGGAAGUUUUGGAAGAAGCGAAUAGACUUUUUGCAAAUGUUCGACAGGCCAGGGAGGCUGCGCUGGACGCUCAGUUUCUGGUGCUGGCGACAGACUUGGGCAAGGAGAAGGCCAACCAGCUGCAUGCCGAUGGCUCCGCCUUCGACCCCUCCGCCUUCGCAGAGCACUUGCUGUCAUUCAUGGGCCUGAACCGGCUGGAGGAGGAUGACAGCAUGGAGGAUGCAGCUGGCGGGGGCUACCUGCCCGAGGAUGCCUGGCUGAGGCUGGCCCAGCGGGCAGAGAGCUGCUUCAGGAAGGCCCCCACCUUCCACUUCAUGUUGGGCUCAUUCCUAGCGGAGCCACCUCCUCCACGGCAACGGGUGGAAAGACAGAGGAAGGCGCCAAACCAGGAGGUGAAGAGAAUCAUGCCCACUCAGCUGAAGAAGAUGGAAGAGUCUCAGCAAGAAGCAACAGAGAAGGAGGUAGAGCGCAUUCUGGGGUUCCUGCAGAGCUACCACAACGAGAACCCUGAGUUACCCAUAUCGUACUAUGAGUUUGUCAUCGACCCGCAGUCCUUCUCCAGAACGGUGGAGAACAUCUUUCACAUCUCCUUCCUGAUCAGGGACGGCCUGGCGAAGAUAUACCUGGACCAAAAUAAACUCCCAUGUAUCGCCCCUGUGCCCCGAGAAGAGGCUGAGGCCGCUGCCAGCUCCUCCCGGCAGCAAUGUGUCAUCUCAAUCAGCCAAAGCAGCUGGAGGGAACUCAUUCAGGCCUUUGAUAUCACAGCAGCCAUGAUAAGCAGUUCCCCCUCCCACCGAAACAGCAUCUAGCCAAUGACAGUGUGGGAAAACUGUGGGGGCGGGGGGUAAUCUGUUAUAAAUUUGCCUUUUAUUUAUAGUUUGGAUUUUUAUAUUGAUUUUUAUAAAUGCUUCGGACAAGGUGCAAUACCCAGUUUCCCUGGUGAACAGACUGUUCAGCACAGCGGGAGCCCUCAGUAUUGUUGGUUGCUGGCUGUGUGCAUUUUUAUAGACAUAAGGAUUUAGAUCGAGUUUGUGCUGACAGCAGGGUUCGAGUUUAUCCUGGAAUCUGCCAGACUGCUGCCAUUUGUUCACUGUGGUUCUACUUGUAUUUGUUUUCAAUUUUAAAGCAUCUUAAAUGAUUUUGUAUAUAAAAGCAUUUUUGCAUUUUGCUUUCAGUGUAAUAAAAGUAAUUUGGAAAAAAAUUA